CUGGUCUGGCUAGCGCAGUACCAUCAGCCGGGUAUAUAGAGCAUCACUCACCAGCCUCUCUGGAAUAAACUGAGUCUCAUUCAUCACUCAUCACUAAUCACCAGUCAACACUUGUUCAGCAUGAAGCUGCUAAUCCUUCCUCUUCUUGUUGCUGGUGUGAGUGCUGGUGAAUGGACCACUCGGGUAUUCAGUGGUCCAGAUGGCCAGGGCGACUAUCUUGACGUCACUGACUAUGUACCUGACCUGCUUGCUGCUAACUUUGAUAAUGUUAUUGAGAGUGUUCAACAGACUGGCAUGUGGAUGUAUUACGAGAACACCGACUACAACCUGCAGUCAGGCAGGGUAUACUGGGUUCAUGGCAUUGACAUCGCUGUCAAUUUUCCCAGCGACUACAUAGAUAUGUGCUCAUCCCUGCGCUUUGCCGGGAGCCCCUACUACGUAAAUGAGGACUCUUGGACCGUGUAUGAGGGGACAGCCUUCUCAGGGAGCGAGUACUAUGGUAACUAUGAUAGUGCCACCUUUGAGAACCUGGCAGGAAAGGUCUCCUCCCUCAUCCUCACUGGUGUCAGCCCCUGGACCAUCUACAGUCGCGAGAACUUUUUGGGUGAGAGCCUUUGUGUCUUCCCUAACACGGACCACGACACAGGUGCUGAUGGCUCUGUCCUUGACUUCGGCAUCUUCCCAGAUAUGUCAGCACUGAACAUUAGUGACAACAGCAUCUACUCAGUGCAGAAAGGCUGCUGGAGCAAGGUGGUGGUCACUACUAGCAAGCUGAAAGUGGAUGGCCGACUAAAGAAUGGUGCCUGGGGACACAUUGACCUCUAAUCAUUCUUCUUUUUCUUUUAGCCUAGAGAUAAAGUUUGAAGGGAACACCUCACUUGUUAGGGAAGAGCUUGGUUUAUCUUCAAAACUACAGUAUUAUAAAUCUUUUACCUUUAUAUAAACAGAAUGUUAUAAUCUUGAUUUUUAUCUUAUCUUGUGUAUGAAUAAAAUUAAUGUAAUAAAGAAAUUAUCAAAGGUA